AUCUAAGAUUUAAAUAUCAAAGGUUCACACCAUCAGAUAUAUAGAUUAUAAAAUUUAAGAGUGAUACAAGAAUUCAGUUUAUUUACUAUAUACACAAUGGUCAUAUAUGAAGCAUCUUUUUAUGAAAAUACAUCAAGAUUUGCCGCUAUGUUGAAUAUACAUACGGGAUAUCAUACACAUCCAUACGCAAAUGGUUUGAUUCAAAUUGGAUAUGACGCUAUAAACUGCCUGAUAGCUAUUUGUAAGUAAGUUGAUGAUAGAUAUAUCUAACAGUUUAAACCCCCUUCAGAAUAUACCAUUAUAAAAAUGAGCGUAGACUGGGAGGAAUUGAAUGCUAAGCUUCCGUAUCAGAAAAAUGAGGAAGAGAAGGCGCAGAGAUCUGAAUUGUGGACAAGUAUUGAUGUGAAUGGAAAUGGAUAUCUAUCUCUAGCUGAGGUUUCAAGGGGUAUUCGAGAUGUGAUUAAUAUGGAUGAACUGUUUGAUGCUACCCCGGCCAUCAACAGGUCUUUCUUCUACUGCAAGGGAAUCAGUGGUGCGGGGCACCAUGGACCGGAUUAUCUUGAACGCAGUGAGUUCAGAGUUUUUCUUCAAACUCUUCGUCUGUUCUUCGAAUUCUUCCAUGCGUUUGAAAUGAUCUUGAUAUUGAGGGUGAUAUCGAUGAGGCAGAAGCAGAUGAGUAGAUGCCAGCCAAACAAUAGGCCUGACCAUAGAGUAGUCAUAAAUAAUAAUAAUCUGGCCAAACAAUGGAUAUUUUGUGUUAUAUAAAUGUUUCUCGUCAUACUUUUUAUUUCUAUUUCGCAUAUCUAUAAACUUGUUGUAAUAGUUCACUUCUGCUUUUCACCAAAUAUAUAAUCUUAUUGUUAA